AUGGGAGAUCCAGGGGAGGUGGCUCAAUUGCAGUAUAGUGAAACAGUAAUAGAGAUUCUGCAGCAGAGCGGGUUGGAGUGGGACAGCAGGGCUUUUCCACCAGUGCCCCUGGAGACUGAAAGGAGGAAUGGGGGGCGAGGACUCCUAGAGUCCUUGUCCCUAAUCCUCACAGGAUCCCUCCUACACCUCCCUCUACUCAAGGUCUGGUUCUCUGCUCCGAUUUUGAUCACGUCUCUCAGAAUUGAUCUAUAA